CCACUUGUCCUCCUUCACCUCUCACGAUCUCAUACACGUCAUGGCUGUCGUUGACCCAGUCGUGGAUAACGAACUUCGCGCAGCCUUUUCCAAACUUGAAUUCGAUUUCCUGAACGCAGUUAGGGAACAAGAUCAAGUGGCCAACACUUUCCAGCUGGAAUUCCAUGAUUUGGCGUCGCGAGCGGAGAAAGCAAUCACCAAAGGAAUGUUAUCGCAGGAAACCGUCAAGCUUGUUGUGUCCGUGCUUGUGCGCAUCCGCGAUGUUUCCAGACGAUUCGUGGAAGGAUGCGAUGCUUCUUCGCGAUUCCGACUUGAGGCGAGACAUCAGUGGGCUCAUAUCUUAAGGGUCCACAUACCGCCUCGCACGCCUUCGCGCACAGCACCCAAAUCUCAUAAAUCAGCCAAGCAACAGCACCUUGAUGAUCUCACCGCCGAGAUGACGAAAUUCCGUCCUUGCCGUGACUUUUUUCUUUCGCAUCUGGACGCCCCUUAUCCUUCUGCCGCAGAAAAGAGACGCAUGGCAGAGCAGAUAGGGUGCGAGGUUUCAUCUGUCAGUCAGUGGUUCACCAAUCAUCGUCGCCGCUCUGGCUGGAUGGGAGUCAUGAAAGACUUCGCACAAAAUGACAAAGCCGCCAUGCAAAAAUUGGUACAUGCUGUUGUCUUUCUGGGACCCUCUACUAAAGACAUUGUUGUCCCCGAUGCUGCAAGACCAGCUGUACUAUCUGUUCAACGUUAUUUUGAAAAGAUUACGGCCCCCACUGUCUCGCUAGAGUUUCUCAACAUGGCCCGUGCACCCCCAAUGAAUGACGAGGAAUUAGCUGCCUACCGAGCUCGACGGAAGCAAAUAAGGCGUGUUCGUAUGGAAGCGAAGCGAGCACUAAUGGCCAAGCUUGGCACCAAGCACGAGGGAAUCGUCAACGCCACGGAGCUGGCCACUCAGGUGGCUCCAUCCAUCGGCAAGCGCAAGCGCAACUCAGAAGAUACUCCUCCCGGUGAUGAUGAACGCCCGAGGAAGAAGCGUGGUUCAUUGGCUCAGAUCAAAGCACCGAUAUCGGGCGGUCCAAAUGUUCGAUUCGUCGUGAAAGAGGAUGGUACUGUCAGACGCCUCCGCCGCAAGGGGGCCCUUCACAUCAUCGGACAGAAUGUUCCCUUAUCUGGGAAGCUUGCAAUUCAGAAUACAUUCAAGACCGCCCAGCCCUCCAAAGCCGUCCCGCUUGACAGCGCGACUCUGAGGAUCGACAAGAGAAAACGUAAGGCACCAGAUGAAGAUGGCGAGGCUUUAACGUGCGAGCGACGUCUCCCAACAGCGCACAAGCGUCGUCGCCCAAAUCCCCUCGUUCGCGAGUCAUCAUCCAUUUCAUCCUCAUCCUCUCCAUCAACGUUAACUUCCUUUCCCCCCGAACAACGCUCUGUCUCUGCCCCUAAUGCAUCUGCUCUGUUUCAUCUCGAGAAUGAAUGGAAUCGCGCAGUGUCUUCUCCUGCUCAAUAUCCUCCAUUUCCACAGCUCGCCGAUUCCUGUGCAGACAAUCUGAUAUCAACCUCACAAGUCCAUGCCUACCUAGCAAGUAUGGGGAUCCCUGUUGUUCCGCCCCCAGAAGAGUACGGAUACUCCCAGCCGACGCCGCAAAUGGCAGUCUCCAAACAGUCUGCGUUCGAUGCUCCUACUACUACAGGUCCUUCCCGGUUGCCGAUAAACCAGGAUCAUCUUCCUGCCUCUGUGUACGAAUCUCUAUCUCGGUCGUCCUCUGCCUCCUGGACAUCACCCUCAGAAAACAUCACCCCUUCUGUGACUCCUUUCAUAGCCCCCCUACCUGAGUCGACCUUCAUUGAUCCGAACCUCUUCUCCCUCUCUCAACCGGCUGUUCCGAUCCCUCAAGAGGCUUUACAAGAGGCGAUUGAAACUCAACGUCGAGUUUAUGAGGCUAAAGUGCAGGCACUUGAGGCCCAACUUGCGCUGGCGCAAGCGCAGGCUCAGACUUCUGUUCAAACGCGAUGAUGUGCGUUGAAGUGGGUGUAUGAUUAUUCCUAAUAUUGGGGUUGAACUAGUGUUUGCACGAACUGCUAAAGUUUGACUCUGACUUGUUGUAUAUAUAUAUAUAUCUUAUCUUAGGAUCCUCUUACCGUACUUGAUAUUUCUUUGUACCUGUUUUGCUAGACCCGUCGCG